CUAAGAUCAAAAUUCUGCUGACAUGAAAAUAGACUCUGUACUCGCCUCCGGUCAUCACUCUCCUUGUCUUCUCCAGUCAUGGUUAAUUUGACUCAUGGUUUUAAGUGUAAAACAAGCUUAAGUGAUGGGGAUUGAUCUCGAAAUGCCGUCAGGAGAGUGUGAUGAUCAAAUGUUAAACUCAGGGAUCAAUGAAGGGAUAGAGUUUGAAUCAAAAGAGGAAGCAUUUGAGUUAUACAAAGAAUAUGCUAAAUCUGUUGGCUUUACUACCAUAGUAAAAGCUAGUCGUCGUUCAAGAAUGACUGGUAAAUUUAUCGAUGCCAAGUUUGUUUGUUCGCGGUAUGGAAGCAAAAAACCAGAGGAAGAAGAAGAAGGCAUAGAAGGAUGUAACAUCCCUCAAGCGAGGAAACGUGGUAGAAUCAACCGUUCAUCGUCUAAAACCGAUUGUAAAGCAUGCUUACAUGUUAAGAUAAGGCAAGACGGGAAGUGGGUUAUUCGCACUUUGAUCAAAGAACAUAACCACGAAGUCUUCCCUGGACAAGUUAAUUGCAUGAAAGAAUCUCGUGGGCGGAAAAAACUCGAGAAACAAAGUGGUGAUACUGUGAAAGAGAUGAAGAUCAGAAAGGCUCUGGCUUUAGAGGAUGGUGAUGUUGAAAGGCUCCUAAACUUCUUUACGGAUAUGCAAGUCGAGAAUCCUUUCUUUUUUUACGCCAUUGAUCUGAACGAGGAGCAGAGCCUAAGAAACAUCUUUUGGGUUGAUGCAAAAGGCAGGUUGGAUUACACGUUUUUCUGUGAUGUUGUAUCUAUCGACACUACAUUCAUCAAGAACGGGUAUAAACUGCCUCUUGUCGCUUUUAUUGGAGUGAACCACCACGGACAGUUCCUGUUGCUUGGCUCUGGAUUAUUAUUAACAGAUGAGUGUAAAUCUGGAUUUGUUUGGCUUUUUCGAUCAUGGUUAAAAUCGAUGCAAGGAUGCCAACCUAGAGUUAUUCUUACCAAACACGAUCAAACGCUCAAAGAAGCUGUUUCUGAAGCCUUCCCAUCUUCUAGACAUUGUUUUUAUAUGUGGGAUACUCUUGGUCAGAUGCCGGAGAAGCUUGGACAUGUUAUGAGACAAGAGAAAAGCUUUAUGGAUGAGAUAAAUGAGGCUAUUUACGGUUCUUGCAAGAGUGUUGAAUUUGAAAAGAAAUGGUGGGAGGUAGUUGAUAGGUUUCGUGUGAGAGACAAUGGGUGGCUUAAUUCAUUGUAUGAAGAUAGGGAAUAUUGGGUUCCUGUAUAUAUGAAAGGUGUUUCUCUAGCAGGAAUGUGUACAGCUCAGAGAUUGGAUAGCGUGAACUCUGUUUUUGAUAAAUACGUUCAUAGGAAAACAACGUUGAAAGCAUUUCUUGAUCAAUACAAGACGAUGAUACAAGAGAGAUACGAAGAGGAAGAGAAAGCGGAGAUUGAGACAUUAUAUAAACAACCUGGACUUAAGUCACCUUCACCAUUUGGGAAGCAAAUGGCUGAGGUAUACACGCGUGAGAUGUUCAAGAAGUUUCAGGUUGAGGUGCUGGGAGGUGUUGCUUGUCACCCGAAGAAAGAAGGCGAAGAAGAUGGGGUUAACAAGAGGACUUUCAGGGUCAAAGAUUAUGAACAGAACCGUGCUUUCAUUGUGGAGUGGAACUCUGAAUCAUCUGAAGUUGUCUGUUCAUGUCGAUUGUUUGAGUUUAAAGGGUUUCUUUGUAGGCACGCGAUGAUUGUUCUGCAGAUGUCUGGAGAACUUACUAUUCCUUCUCAGUAUGUGUUGAAGCGUUGGACAAAAGAUGCGAAAAGUAGAGAAGUGGUAGAAUCUGAUCAGAUCGAUGGAGAGUCAACUAAGGCUCAACGAUAUACAGAUCUUUGUCUCCGCUCUUUGAAAUUGAGUGAGGAAGCAUCUUUCUCUGAAGAGAGCUAUAAUGCCGUGAUGAAUGUUCUGAAUGAAGCUUUUAGAAAUUGUGAGAACACAAGUAACGUGAUCCACAAUGUUGAAGAGUCAGAUUCGGUUGUAGCUCAAGAUCCUUCAAGACAUGAAGAACAUAACAACUCAUUUGAUGAGAAUGUGGCCGACACAGGACAGGAACAUUCACUACAUGAAGUCUGGAAAGCAACUGCUUUGCAAGAGCAAAGAAACCGGUACUCGAUUCUCGACGACUACCUCAGCGCUCAACAAAUGUCACAUGAAAUGGGACAAAUCAGCAUGAUGGCCUCAAAUCGCAAUGGACAUUGUACUGCCCAUCAAAACUUACACUCACUGGGACAAUCCAUAAAUCAGCAAAGGCUUUAUGGAACUGAACAAUUAAGUUUCAGACCAGAAGCUAUGUAUGAAAGACUUCAGGACAUGGGAGAGUCAAGUUUUAGACAUCAUCCUCAGCAAAAUUGCAAUUCUUCAAAACAGCAACAAUCCAACAGGAAUUUCUCUCACUGAGUCACUCUUCCUUUUAAGCAGCAGAACUGUGACAUUUUUUUAAAAUAUAUGAUUUAACACUUUUGAUUGUAAAGAUGAAUGUUUAUGUGUAUAGACAAAUGUGGUAUAUAAAAUUCCAUGUUUCUUUG